AAGAGAAUAGGCGGGACGCUUGCAGAUAUGCGUUCUCCAACGGCUCUCUUUGUUUUGUACUAGACGUACUUGAGCUUGGCAUCGAGAAGGAUGCACGAACGAUAGACGGUUCCGCGGAGUGCUUCGGUCUAGGUGUCGGGCAAGCGUCUCACUAAGCCCGUAACUACCGUUUAAAGGCAAAACCGGCCUUCGAUAUGACCAAGAAAGGAGUAAAGAACGACUUGAGGGACCUUCCCUUGUCAGUCUACGGCUCUCCAAUCCACAGUCAACGAUUCUGCGGCUACCUGACAACCAAUGCGCUGAUGUAUGCCAUGGCAGUUUGACAUGCAGUGGGAGGCAAGACAAGAAUAACCUCAGCUGAUCUGAUGUCCUUCUGCCACGUAUUACAUAUGUAUCUAGCUAUCACGCGUGGCAGCUUCCUAGCCGAGCGCCAUUCAAGAAGAAGAAUUGGCAGGAAAUAGGCUGGCACUCAAGAGCAGAGCGAAACACUCCUCACGGACGAAGAUGCAGAUCAGAUAUUCCAGCGAGCUGCGAAGAAAAGUAGGCAAGACAAGGGGAACGCACCUCCCGCAGUCGCUACGCACUCAGGCGAAUUAAAAAGGCGUCUCUCACCGCUAUGUCGCGUGGGCUCUAUCAUCAUGGAGCGGCGGCCCAUCGAGGCUUCAGGCGGCUUCUUGACAUCAGUCUGCAGAUGGCAGAUCAGCAGCGCUGCGGCGCUUGUGCAACCUCGAACGUCUCGGAAAUGAUAUAUGCAGCGGUACUCGAUGGAGGAGUGUCGCUCAUGACCCUAGGAAACUCCGAAGUGGCUGUGCCCUGCUGUCGUCUCAAUGGGGCAUGUGAAAAUCUGGACGGAUCAAAUCGCUUUGGCCGGCCCGAUAUGAACUCGUAGUCAACUUUGGGUUAUGCUCGUCCUUGGCAUUCCCGAGAGACUGGUUUCCCUCACCACUCCAAACUUCAUUCAAAACCCCCUCUUCUCGAGUGCGCCGGCAGGGGCGGCCGUAUCUCUAGAUUGCUCGGCACUCCACCAGGCUUUGAGCUGUGAUUACGUCAAAGUCUGGGACACCGUCGGUCCGAGGCAACUUGACAAUGGACACUCCGUCUGGUCCGGGGGCUGGGCAAAGAUCUGAUCGAUGCGGGGAGUCGUUGUACUCUCCACUGCCAUAUUUGUGAGGAACUACCCGGCGUGAAAACUCGAAUGGAGAUGCAGCCCCCCUGCUACUACUCCUUAGGCCUUGAUUUCAGCUAUAUCGGACUGAGGUCCACCAAAAUCCGGAUGCAGUCGGAACUUUCCAUUGUAUUUUGAGCAGAUUUUUUACCGGUUUCAUGCUUUCUCUAUCUGCAGCGAGUCCAGCAAGAGUCCUGUUAUCCCAGGUGUCAGAAUCUCUUGUUCCCGGGCCGAUUCGCCUGGCCUUUCGGGCUGGGAUAUGGCCGUUUUCGGGGGAUGAUUUGCGCUAUUUCGGACCGACCCAAUAUGGAGUAGCCGGGGGCCUGGCGGUGUGCAAACACACAAGUAGGUGACCGACCGAGCUGAUAUCUGGAGUCGAUCAAUGUUUAUCCGAUGGCGUGAUGAUUAACAUAUUCCGAUUCUCGCAAUGGCAUCUAGUACACAAGCACAGGCGUGUCCGUUUUGAGCUAACUUUGACUGGGAUUCCGUCGAGGCCAUGCGAACAGGCCCUGCCGCGAUCAGCUUCUUCUGUUUCUUGGAACCGGUCUCUCUUUUACACACUCAAACUUGCAGAACACUCGAAGUAUAUAUAAGGCUCGCAGGAUGCCGGUGGUGACUCGCAAGUCCGGUCCUACAAUGUCCCAAUCCCCGAGCUCAACUAGCGCUUCCCGCGACGGAGAUCAUCGAAAGCGCCGUCGGAACAGAACAACACACUCAUGCACAAGCUGUCAUACAAGCAAACGAAUGUGCGACAGAAAGCGCCCGUGCACGCGGUGCACCCAACUGGGAGUGGGUGCAGAAUGCACAUACCAAUUGAACGCCGUGGGUAUCUCCGAUGAGGCAGAGGAUAAGUCAAGGGAAGCCGCACUGCUGUCUCGGAUCUCGGAUCUCGAACGAAUAGUGGACGAGCUGAGGCGCAGCAGCUCUGAACAAGACAAAAGUGGGCUCCUCACGCCAGCGAGAUCGAGCGACUGCUCAACCCCACCGUCUCUGCCUCUGUCUCUCCAGUCGGACGGCUGGCUCGCGGAUCUGACCUCCACGUCUCUCCUGAAGAGUCCUGGCAGCGACUCCUCUCAGUCUGUGGAUUCCUUGGCGCCUAUUUUCCCGCAGUUUCAUACCGGCGGAAAUUUCGCGCACCGAGGUAUCCCCCUCCACCGCGCACCCUGUGACUGUCUCCGAGAGACGGUCUGCAAUCGCUCAGUCUUGGAGCUCUCUCUCCGACUCCGUCGGGCCGCAGAUGUUCUUGCCGCGUCCUCAUUACACAUGCCGGGGCUCCUUGACGGCUCGUUGGCGUCGCCGAUUUCUGCGCUGGAUGAUUAUGCAAAGUGGGUGGCAUUCGCAGCUGCUCCUCGUUCGACGGUUCUCAAUACGAUCCUGUCUCAGCAUGCCGAUGGAUGUACUGAGCUCCUCUGCCUCCUCCUCCUCCCCCUACGGAGUUCCAGCCGAACAUCGCAGCGAGGGCAUCCACUUGGCCCCGAUGAUCUCAUGGCUUGGAAUCCUCCGCGAAGAGCAUGUUCUUGA